UAAAGUUAAACAAACUCUCCCGUCUUCUCUCCUGCAGACUCUUGGCACAAAGCCCAUCGCUCACAUCGACCACUUCAUCCCAGAGAUGCUGGGGUCAGCCGAGCUGGCAGAGGAGGUCAGCCUGGACGGAUCCGGAAAACUGGUGAAGAUCACAGGUUGUGCCAGCCCCGGGAAGACGGUGACCAUCGUGGUGCGAGGCUCCAACAAGCUGGUGAUCGAGGAGGCCGAGCGCUCCAUCCACGACGCUCUGUGUGUCAUCCGCUGCCUGGUCAAGAGGAGGUCAGUCACUACUGCCGAGUUUAUUCCACAGAUAUCACGGAGAAGGGAUCAAUGGGGGGAGGAGAGAAACAAUUCCUCCCUACAGAGAUACAAUCCUGAUGCAUGUUUUAGGCACUGAGUACAGGAACAGAUU